AUGGCCGCCUCCCGUUCCUCCAGUGAGCGCACUGGCUCAAUCCAGUCGCAAGACAGCCCCAAGAUUUUGAACAGCAAGGCCGAUCCCAACACGGCUCUCUAUGAGGCACAACCUAGUAGGUCCUCUCAAUCGCCGACAUCUUUGACUGUGCCCUUGCUUAACCCUUCAGUGGCCGUGAACACCCAGCCGACAGACCGUGACUUGUUCUCCCUUCGGAGUAUUCAACAUAAAGACCGCAACGGACAAAUUAUCAGUGACCCCGAUCUCUCGAACCCCACACGGGCCCGCCUUGAGCGACCCCUCGACACUAUCCGCUCUUUCGAAGCCGCCAUCGACGCCGAACGGAAGCAAAACCGUAUGUGA